UUUUCUUCCCCUGCCCCCCAUGCGUGUAGCCUCUCUAGGGUUUCCCCGUUCUUGUGUGCCACUGGAGUGGAAUCGCGGCACGCGGCGAAUCUUCCGGCAUUUCCAAGGCUGUAAGAUUAUUUAACAGCGCCUAGAAUCGCGAGCGCGAGCUGGAAAUCUUGCGAAUCCGGGGCUACAUUCAUGGGCGUGGAUUUGGAAGUGGGGAGGAAUGGCGAGCGGCAGCCUCUGCUGGCCGGGAAGAGCAGCAAGAGCGCUGGUAGCAGCAGCCGGGGCAAGAGACGGGAGAAGCGAGUGAGGGGAAGUGUUCUCUACACGGUGUUUUGCACCAUCGUCGUGGCUCUGGGGCCGAUCACGUUUGGUUUCUCGGUCGGCUAUUCAUCUCCCACGCAGCAAAAAUUGACCGAGGAUUUGGGGCUUAGUCUCUCCGAGUUCUCCAUGUAUGGUUCUCUGGUAAAUGCCGGUGCCAUGGCUGGAGCUAUUCUCAGUGGCCGUAUAGCUGAUCGCUUUGGACGGAAAGGGGCACUUGUAAUUGCUUCGAUUCCACACAUUGCUGGAUGGAUCUUAAACGCCCUGGCCAUGGUAAGUAGCUUCUCGCUGUCAAUUCAGCAUCACGAAGUUUCCUUUUUGUUCCAGAAUGUCGCCAGCCUGUACAUAGCAAGAUUGCUCGUCGGGUUUGGAGUCGGUGUUAUUUCUUUCACUGUACCAAUGUACAUUGCUGAGAUUUCUCCCAAGAAUUUGAGAGGAAGCCUGGGUGCUAUAAAUCAGCUUUCGGUUACCACUGGAAUCUUCUUGUCGUACUUAGGAGGUCUUGUUUUGCCCUGGAGAACUCUUGCUUUAGUUGGGGUUGCUCCGUGUAGCGUUCUCCUCGUGGGCCUUUUCUUUAUUCCAGAAUCUCCUCGGUGGCUGGCCAAAAUGGGGAUUGAAGACACUCUUAUCACGUCACUGCAAGCAUUGCGUGGAAAGGACUCCGAUAUUUCUUCAGAAGUAUCGGAAAUCAAGGACGCCGUCGAUAUAUCGUAUAAGCAAGAGGCUAAUGUAAGGAUGUCUGACCUUUGCAAGAAGACGAUUUUCCUUCCCCUUACUAUCACAAUCGGGUUGCUAUUGUUGCAACAAAUUUCGGGCAUCAAUGCUAUUUUGUUCUAUUCUAGUGCCAUAUUCCACUCUGCGGGAUUCAGCUCAAGCAAUCUUGCGUCGCUCUCGUUGGCUCUCCUUCAGGUGGUAAUGACCGGCGUGGCUGCUGUGCUCAUGGACAGAGCCGGACGACGCCUCCUUCUCAUGGUCUCGGGCGCUGGAAUGGCAGUGAGCUGCUUUCUAGUCGGAUUUGCAUUCUAUCUGCAACAGCAUAUGGACGCGACUUCUCACUUUGCACCCUUUGUCGGCAACCUCGCGUUGAUCAGUCUAUUGGUGUACAUAACCUCCUUCGCUCUUGGAAUGGGGCCUAUUCCCUGGAUCAUAAUGUCCGAGGUUCUUCCCUCACACAUCAAAGGCUUGGGUGGAAGCGUUGCGACGUUGGUGAACUGGACUUUCUCGUGGCUUGUGACUAUGUCCUUUAAUUUCUUACUCAACUGGAGCUCCACAGGUUCUUUCGCUCUCUUCGCUGGAAUGUGCGCGUUCACUGUCCUGUUCGUGGCUGUUCUAGUCCCUGAAACUCGGGGAAGAACACUGGAAGAGAUCGAAGCUCUCUUCCAGGAGUAGCAAGGCUCUCGUUCGCGCUUUCAUUUCCACCAUUCCAUACACCAGGGGGAUUCGCUAUAUUCAUUACCAUAGAGGUGUUCGGCUCGAUUUUUUUGUCCCCUCGCCAAAAAGCGUAAAUGUUUGUAAAACUUGUGUAAAGAGAAAAAGGUUUGAUCUCGAGCUUUCUAGCAAAAACGAAUAAAAUGCGAUUUCCAUGAAAAA